AAGGAGGCGGCGGCGGCGGGCGAGCAGCGGCAAGGCGGCGACUCUGCGCGUGGGCGGUGGCUCGCGAAGAGCAGCAAGGCACAGAUUUCGGUGAAGGUCGAGCAUUCUGUCGUCGAAGAUGGUGCACGUCGAGCCCGACCCUGCGGACGAGUGGUCCGAGUCCGACGUCUCGGAAGAUAUCUCCGACUCCGAAGUUGGCGAUGGCCUGGACUGGCUCGACGCCGUCGAGGACCCUGAUGGCUCAGCCCGGCCAUCCGCCGCCUUCUCGACAGUCGGAGGCGCGGCCGUGGCGCGGAGGCCGAACGCCCACGGUGGCGUGCUCUCCCGCCCCUUUCAGCCGCUCUCCAACCGCACGCAGAGGCUCGCCUCCCACAUGCGGGCCACGCCCUUGGAGGAGUGGGAAGGUAGAAUGAACGUGGGGAUGUCAAAUUCGGUAACGACUGCAAUCAGGGACAGCAUAAGGGACACAGCAAUUGGCAAAACAAGGAACCAUGAGAAGGCCGAUCGUGCUACCGUGGAACAGGCCAUUGACCCAAGAACACGCAUGGUUCUGUUCAAGAUGUUGAAUCGUGGUGAUUUCAAUAAUAUAAAUGGCUGCAUUUCUACAGGAAAGGAGGCAAAUGUCUAUCAUGCAACAAAGAUAGAUGGCCAGGAGCUAGCAAUCAAAGUCUAUAAAACCUCUGUCCUGGUCUUUAAGGAUAGAGACAGAUAUGUUCAAGGAGAUUAUCGUUUUAGAUAUGGUUACUGCAAGCAUAAUCCCCGGAAAAUGGUUAAGACCUGGGCUGAAAAGGAAAUGAGAAAUCUUAAACGAGUGAGAGCAGCUAAAAUUCGAUGCCCAGAACCAUUGCUCCAGAAGCUUCAUGUAUUGGCGAUGGAAUUCAUAGGGAAAGGAGGUUGGGCGGCUCCUCGUCUUAAGGAUGCUGCUUUGUCGGACGACAAGCUGCGUGGAGCUUACUUGGAGGUACAUCCAUACAUGACAAGUCAAAACAGUGUUCUCUCUUAACGGGAUAGCUAUAAAAGGAUCUGAACCAUUACCUGUUGUAUUGAUAGUCCAACUGGAUGGUUCAAAGUUGGAACUUAAUAUCCUUUUUAUACAACUUAGCAUACUCUAUAUAUCAUAAUUCACAUUUGAAGUAUGGUUUGUUGCAAGGGACGGUGAUGCCGUGAUGGUACCUUUUUAGCUAUAACAAACUUGUUAAUGUUAUUUUCGUUGCA